AUGUUAUCCCGAGUUUGGAUUCGAGCAGUAGCCGAAGCCAACCAUGUCGAACCUUGCAUCUUUGGGAAAUCCAUGUUUGACAGUUUGCGAGAUAGUCUUGUUGUGGCAGAAGGAGAGGAAUCAACGCCAGGAGCUUCCACCAAACACUAUGAUCGACAAAUGGUUUCCUUCUGGGAAGAUUUGGAAGAUUCCUAUCGAGUGAUUCUGGAGCGACCGGGUUCUUCUUCACAUCAGCAUCCAUCAUCGUCUACCAUUCCCAUGGGCCGCGCACGACCGUUUCCGUCUCUGGGUGCCACGGCGUGUCCCACCACUGUCAAACCACUCAUAAAGAAUUCCAAAAAACCACAUCCCGCAUUGGCCGUCGUCGGAUUGAUCUUGGAUCCAACCGGUCAAUACAUUUUGUUGACGCGACGACCGUCCUACAUGCGGGUCUUUCCCGGAGCAUGGGUCCUGCCGGGAGGAGGAUUCGAUGCGGGUACCGAUUUCUCUUUGGAAGAUGCACUGCGACGAGAAGUACUGGAAGAAACUGGCUUGACUAUUCAUCAAACUUCCAUACCCGUGUGUAUCUGGGAAUCCGUCUAUCCCACCGAUCCCAAUCAUCCCGAUCCCAUCAAGGCUCACCAUUUGGUCGUCUUUUUGCAGGGAUUUGCCAGCAGCAGGACAACAAUCAACCCACAGUCGCCACCACUAUCAUUAACCUUGCAAGCCACCGAAGUCGAGACAGCCUUGUGGUUGUCCGUAGCAGACUUUAAAAUGGUACGGCAAAAGAUGAAGAACACCAAAGAUGAUCGUGACAAGCCACUCCCAGCGGUACCCGUCAUUCAUGCCAAAGAAACCAAAGAUACUACAACUACGAAAACCGAGCUGAUGUCCUUGGAUACCUUGGUGGGCAUUUAUCCGCAACCGGACACUACUUGUGAUGGCAACACGGAACAACUACAACAACAUUUCUGCGGGAUUGCACAAGGGAGUCUGUUUGCCUUGGAAGAGUUGCUGCUGCAAAGGAAUCGUAAUAAGGACGGUUUUUUCGAAGAAGGGCAGUCUUCUGUGGUUUGGAGUCGUCCUGUUGCAUCCACAAAAGACUUUGGUCCCACUGGCAAGUCAUCUUUGUGA